UUUCACGUGUAAUGAUCACGUUUUAGCACGGCAGUUUGUAACAAGGACGUAUAUACGUCUUUGGUUGUAAUCAAUGAUGAAACUUGCUGGCAAUGUUAAAAACCUCAAUCGUAGGCAACAGUUUCAAUCGAUAUCAGCUGAGCUUUGUUUUCGAAAGUGUUUGUGAGAGGCAUAUCAUCACCAGAAUGGAACUUCUUCAGUCAUAUGAUGUCAGUUCUGGAGAGAGUGAAGAAGAUAACGAAAAUGUCAACAAUAAUAAAUUAAAGUGUGAAGCAGAAAUGAAGAAGGGCAAUGUUCAAGAGAUUCAAAAGGAUACCAACUAUUUUGGAAUAGAACACAAUAGCAGCUACAGCGAUGACAGUUCAUGUGAUGGCAGCAACAACAAAGAUGGAGAGUUGGAGAUUGGUGGAUUGAGAGUUGAAAUACCUGAUAGUGAUUUCUGGAGAGAACUUAAAGCUGAAGAUGUCAAACAAAUAAAGUCUGAUGCAAGCAAGAUACUGUCACAUCUACCAUUAGAAAAAUCUGAAAGUUCUCCUGCAAAAUGGAAACAGGUUGGGUUGAAUAAAAACAGUCAGACAGUACGUGAACAAUCUUCAAAGGAGACAAAACUGGAUUAUUCCUCCAAAUCAAAUGAAACUGUAAGCUUGCAAAGAAAAAUAUUUUAUAUUCAUUCAAAAAUCCAACCCAAAAUGCAUACCCUGUCAUCCAAUUUCCCCCCAGAAAAACUGGACCGACACAUUGAUGCUCAUGGGGGUGUUGUAAACAGAGUGAAGUGGAAUGUUCCAUCAUUUAGUCACCUUUUCCUGUCAACAAGCAUGGAUUCCUGUGUGAAGAUCUGGAAUGCAUUCUCUGCUGAAAGUGCCUGUGUGAGAAAUCUGAUGCAUCAUGGGAAGGCAGUAAAAGAUGCAGAAUGGAGCCAUGAUGGUCGGAGCAUACUCAGUUGUAGUUACGAUAGAAGUGCUGUCGUCACCGAUGUUGAAACUGGGAAGCAAGUGUGCAAACUGGAGCAUGCUGGGUAUGUGACCUGUGGGAAAUUCAACCCUGUGAGGAGAAGUCAGGUAGUUACUGGCUCGACCAACAGUCUACAGCACUGGGACAUCCGAACUCCUCACACUGCAUGUAAGAACUUCCAGUACCAUGAUGACUUGGGGCAGAUGCAGGAUGUACUGUUCACUAAGGAUGGGAACCAGUUCUUCUCCUGCAGCGAUAUGGUGACGCGCGACUCUGCUGACCGCAACGUUAUGGCCUGGGACUUCAGCUCGGGAGUACCCCUCUCAAACCAAAUAUACCAGGAGCGGUAUGCAUGUGUUCGACUGAAGCUGCAUCCUACAAGUAGCCACUUCCUGGCCCAGAGUCAUGGGAGAUACGUGGCCAUAUUCUCUACAAGCAGACCCUACAAGAUGGUCAGAUCGAAGAGGUUUGAGGGACACACCUUGCUAGGAUACAGCAUAGGGUUUGAUGUGAGUCGUGAUGGCAGCCUUGUCGUCAGUGGGAGUUCUGAUGGCAGGAUUCACUUCUACGACUACCAGACCGGCAAGCUGAAGAAACAGCUCACUAGUGGCCUUGACGUGUGUAUGGAUGUGAUGUGUCACCCUGUCUUAGCCAGCACAGUUGUGUGUUGUAGCUGGGAUGGAGGCAUCAGGAUAUUCCAUUAGAUGUGACCAGAUUUAUCCCAUUUUAUCAUGUUGAAGACAUUAGAGGUUGCAGGGAGCUCUCAGGGAAUGAACAAUGGCAAAAUGUGGACUGAAUAUGUUGAGAAUCUCUCCCAAUGUCUUCUGAGAUCAAAUAUGUCAAGAAGUGUGGAUAGAGGUUGCAGACAGCUCUUAGGGAAAUAGCAAUGGC